CAGUUGCUAUUGGUUGGUCCGCAAAUGAGCUCCACGAAUGCCAAAUGCUUCACAAAUUGAGCCAUAAAAGGGGCGAUACGGCAGCUGGGCGCAGGGAGACCAUGCCCUGGCUGAUAAAGCGAUACAAGCUAGUCAUCUUGGGCGCUGCGACGGUGGGCAAGUCAUCCCUGGUCUCCCACUAUACCCAGGGCAGCUAUCUGAGUGUUAAGGAGAACACGCUUGUCGCCGCAUUUUCCAGCAUAUAUCUGGACAAGUGCUUGAAAUUUGACACCUGGGAAGUGGCUGGCGAGGAACGCUGGCAUCGUUUGGCGCAUUUGUACUAUAAGGGUGCCCAGGCGGCGCUUGUGGUCUACGAUGUGCAGGAUCGGGCUAGUUUGGUCUGCGCCAAGGACUGGAUCAACGAGGUACGCAUAAAGCUAGCCCCGGAUCUGGUUAUUGCCAUAGCCGCCAAUAAGAUGGAUUUGUGGGACGAUUUGUGCGUGAAUUCUGAUGAAAUGAAAACCUUUGCUCAGAAUAAUGACUAUAUAUUCAUGGAAACAUCGGCCAAAACGGGCCAAAAUGUUAAUGCAAUUUUUGCCGCAAUCGCUGAAAAACUUGAAGCUAGAAAAAAUCCUGAGACGUUAAAAGUAAGUUCAGAUGAAAUUUGCGGAUGUGGAAUACUAUAAGCCGGAAUUCCAAUUUUUAGUAAAUAAGUUGUUCUAUUGUGUAUAUAUAUAAUUUCUUGAUUCCAAGUCCUUGAGUUAACGUUUGGUUAACCUACCUAUCUUGUCACAUCGUUGUUCCAAGAAUUCUUUGUUCUGUAUUUUUCAUAGUUUUUAAAUAUUUGUGAAACAUUUACAUUUUAGUUGACCAAAACUUGGCAUUUACCAAAUAAUUUUUGAUUUUUUU